AGGCUGCGGGAGAGAGAGCGAUGGGCCGCGGAGCUGGGCGCACGUUCCGCGGGGACACAUGCCACGCGUGUCCCAGCCGGACGCGCAAUUAGCAUCCGCCUCUGCAGCCAGCCGCCACUGUCUCCCGGCCCUCUCGGGCUGCCGUGGAGAGGAGCUCCAGCGGUUGCCUUGCUCCGGCUGCGCGCAUUGUCCUCAGGGUCCUCUGCCAGGGCUGUUGCGGGGCCCGGGACCCUCGUCCCAGAGACGCGCCCCCGCCACUGGUCGGCCCGGCGCAGGACUCCGCUAGCCGAUCGGUGAGCCCGAGCUCCCGGGCCACUCUCGCCGGGGUUUUUCCUGCGGAACGGAGGAAGGGGAGAAGUCCACCCGCCCAGCCCAGCCUUCCCCAGCGCGCAGCCCCGACGGGGCCGCGGCAGGCGCGACGAGGGCGCGGACGGAGCCAUGAGAGAGUACAAAGUGGUGGUGCUGGGCUCGGGCGGGGUGGGCAAGUCUGCGCUGACCGUGCAGUUCGUGACCGGUUCCUUCAUCGAGAAGUACGACCCGACCAUCGAGGACUUCUACCGCAAGGAGAUUGAGGUGGAUUCGUCGCCGUCGGUGCUGGAGAUCCUGGACACCGCGGGUACCGAGCAGUUUGCAUCCAUGCGGGACCUGUACAUCAAGAAUGGCCAGGGUUUCAUCCUCGUCUACAGCUUGGUCAACCAGCAGAGCUUCCAGGACAUCAAGCCCAUGCGGGACCAGAUCAUCCGCGUGAAGCGGUACGAGCGCGUACCUAUGAUCCUGGUGGGCAACAAGGUGGACCUGGAGGGCGAGCGCGAGGUCUCAUACGGCGAGGGCAAGGCCCUGGCCGAGGAGUGGAGCUGCCCCUUCAUGGAGACAUCCGCCAAAAACAAAGCCUCAGUGGAUGAGCUGUUCGCAGAGAUCGUUCGGCAGAUGAACUACGCGGCACAGCCCAACGGCGAUGAGGGCUGCUGCUCGGCCUGCGUGAUCCUGUGAGGCGCCGGCUGCCGGCGCUGGCCACGCUCUGUGCACAAAGCCAAACACACCCGAUUCUCUUAAUGUGAUUGUCUUCUUGCUUUGAGAUUGGAGACGACUUUGUAUUGGCCGGGAUGUCCGAGGAACCUGGCUGACUUGCGUGGCCAGCAUCCCCAGCCUUCAGCGGGGAUUCGAGGGGGUGUCGGUUCCUGAUCAUCCAAGACCCUGAUGGAAAUGUGGCUCUUUACAGCGUGUACGUUCCUCAUUGAUUUCGGUUCAUGCAUAAUUUUCCCGUUUAAGUAGCCAUUAAGGCGCAGUAUUGGCUGCUUGACACCGGCAAGCAAAAGUUUCAAGCCUGAAAAAAAUGGGGGUGGGGAGGUGGAGGAAGUGGAAGGGAAGAAGGAGGCAGUGGGGGAGGGUUCCCCCAAACAACUGUUCAUAGUUCCAGGUUCUAAAUACAAGGAAGGAGGUCUGAGAAAACCAUAUGAAGGAUCCAGAGGAGGGGAAGAAACUUGUUUUUUCCCUUGUUUUCCAGGAUUAUUUGGAAAUUAAGACCAGGGGUUCCUUUUCUGCCAGCUUGGAAGGGCAACCCAGGGACUGAUUACGAUUCUGAGGAUGUCUAUGCAAAGUUGGGUUCUUGUUACAGUGUAUCCAAUCUGAAGUAUUGCACAUGUGAACUGGGACUGUUAACACUGAUGCCAAUACAGUGUGGGGUGCCAGGAAGUGUCUGCUGAUAUUUGUGGGAAAAAAAAAAUCUAUUUUGAUUACCUACUGUAUCAAAGGGGAGUCUGGGGGAGAAUGGUAGUAUUUUUUUUUAAUCAGCUGUGAAAAAAAUGUUAAAGAUCUGCACAUUUUUGUGUGUGCUAUUGUGUGUGUGUGUGUAUGUGUGUGUGUGUGUGUUUCAGUAUAGCUUUUUUUUUUUUUUUGUGGUUGGCAGUGACAGAUUUUGCUGACGAGCUUUUAAAAAUACAAUACAAAGACUUUGUAAAUGUGAUUCAGGGCCCCCAGCACCCCUGUGUCUGCAGAGUGCCUUCAAACUCAGCUGUUCCAGCCGGUGCCAACCUGUGAAUUCCCACCAUAUCCCAGAAUCUGCUGUUCUGCUGCCCCCCAAAACCACUUUAAGUAUCUUCCUGAGAGAACCAGGACAAAUGGGGCCUGUUAGUCCAUGAAUUGCUUCAUUAAUCUUAGCUUUUUAAUGUUAAGCCCAUGUCUUGAUUUUUUUUUCCCUCUUCAUUUUGUUCAAAUUUCAGGUUUUAGCCCCCAUUCUGUUGUGUUCACAGUGUCUCUGUUAUUUGUUACAGGGUGUCCUCCAGAAGCAAAGAGCAGAAUUUUUAUUGUUGUGAUGUACCAAGAGAAUUCUAACGAACUGUAACUUUUAAUUCCACUCAUUGUCUCUUCAUUUUAAGACUUUUAAUACAAAUGUCAUUUUUAAAGAAACCCCAAACUAUUUGUGUUUUUGUGUUUCAUAUUCAGUGGUUUGGUUUACAGUAUCCAUGAUAACGGUGUCAGGCAGAGGUGGACAGAGCCAGGGACAUGAUGCCUUCCAGACUUGUUUGUCGAAUUUUGAAGGUAGAGUUGUUUCCAUGACAAAUUGGAUGACAGUGUUUCUAAGCUUUCUUUUUUUUUUUUUUUUAAAUGGGGAAAAUUAUCAAGGCCUGAGCAUCACAGGGUAUGACCAUACCAUCUGACUCCUCAGAGGAGGAAGUGUGUUGACUCUGUAGUACUGACAAAGAUCAGUGAACUUCACUGUUGUAGCCAAGAGGAGAAGCACACUGCUCACACUCUCUUAGGUCUGGGAAAGUUACAUCCAUCUGGGAGAAGAGGGGGGUACUUUCUAUUUGUCUCGGUUUGGUUUUGUCUGUUUAUGUCAUGCCUCCAGUCAGAAGUGUUCUUAACUUUGUUCUCACACACAGUGUACUUAGUAGUGUAUGGCGUGCAUUAUUCCAGUCAUUGUUUCAACCCUUCCAAAGUUUUUAUUUGGAACCAAAUCAUUAGAUUCAAAACAAAACUAUAUACAGAGGAUUCCCUGGCUCUUAUUAGUUUGUGGAUUAUAUUUGACCACAAAAUUUGUUUCUUUUAAAAAGUAGGAGCCAAUGUGUGUUGUGUUGUUACUUAUUAUUUGUAUUUUCCUUGGGCUUCUCUAGUACAAUAAUCUUUACAGAAUAAGGAAGUAUCUAUAACAGAUUAUACCAUAGGUUCAUGAGGCAAAGCUGGAGUCUCAAGAGUCUUAACCAAGGAAUUGACUCCUUUGACCAAGCCAAACGAGAUCACAGGUUUCUUUAAAGUGAUAAUCAGUCUAUCUUGCCUUAAUUUUUUUUCUCCAUGCAGGUUGCAUCUCACCAUUCCAGUAGGGAGGGAGAAUAGUUUUGCCUGUCCUGGCCUUUGUUUCCCAACUCUGAUCUCAUUUCUCCAUUAGUAUUCAACACAAUUAUGUUUCUAAGUAUAAAAAAGUCGAAACUGCUCAAAAUAAUGUUUUUACAAGAAUUCAUUCUUACAUUUGAAUAAAUGUGAUUGCUUAAGUAGAUUAAAAUGAUGCACAUUCUGGAGAUGUGUCAAGCACUGUUGGAAGGUUUUUUUGUUUUUUUUUUAAUGUGUUUGGUGACCCUCUUUUGUCAUUAUUUGGAAGGCUUUGGAUAAAAGUGUUGCCAAGUAUAUAGCUCAUAAGAAAUGUACGUACUCCUUACAGAAAAUAUUUGAAGGUGGACAGUGAAAUAGAUUGCUGGUGCAUUAAUCACCUCCACAGAGGAUUUUGUAGAGGUCAUAAAAGGCAGGACAGGUUUUUUUAAAAAACAUGUUUCUACUGAGUACUGUAAAAUAAAUGCUUUUGGAUUGUAAAAUUAAAGCUGCUGCAGGAAAA